AUGCAAGAUCUCUUAAAUUCAGAAAAAGAAUUUAGCAUAUCUGUAUUUGAUGAUAUUGUGUUGAACUCUAGUGAUCCUUUAUCAAGUAAAAAAACUGAAUCAGAAGAAAUACUAUUAAAAUUUAAAAAUCAGAGUACGUCUUGGACAAAAGUAGAUUUUAUACUAAAAAAUUCUAAACAGCAACAAUCGCAUUAUGUUGCUUUACAAAUUUUAGAAGAAACAGUUAAAACUAAAUGGUAUAUUUUAGAAGAAAAUAUAAAGCAAGGAAUAAGAGAUUAUAUUUUUCAGAUGGUUGUAGAGAAGACUAAAGAAAAUUGUCAGAGUUAUGUUUUACAUGAAUUAAAUCGAAUUAUUGUUGAAAUAGCUAAACGUGAUUGGCCAAAAAGAUGGCCCAAUUUUAUUUCUGAUCUUAUUAACGUAUCUACUUCAAUUUCUAUGGAUGUUUGUAAAAAUACACUUGAAAUUUUAAAGAAACUUAAUGAAGAUAUUUUUUUAAAAUUGAAUGAUGGAAUCACAACUGUCAAAAAAAGAAUUUUGAGAAAUCAGAUGAAACAAGAAUUUCCAACAAUUUUCAAUUUUUUAAAAAUGAUUUUAGAGUUUUCUAAAAAUAAUUCUGUAGAUGAUGCAUUGUUGCAAACUACUCUAUCAACAUUUUCUGGAUUUGUAAAUUCUAUGCCUGUUGAUUUUAUUUUUUUAACGGACAUUGUAGAACUAGUUUGUGAACAUAUUAAUUCAUCACACAGUGUAGAAAGUUUAAUGUGCUUAAUUGAAAUAGUAGAUUUAGGAAGGGAUAAGUCAUUAUUUAAUAAUGUGAAUUUAAUGAAAGCUAAUGAAGAAAAAAUUUGGAUUAUAUUUUUGAAUGCCUUUCAAUUUUUAGAAUUAUAUUUAAAAAAGUUUACAAAAGAAAAAGUAUUUGAAAUUUACAGACACAUGGAUACUUCUGAAAAAAAUUUUAUUUUUAGAUUUUCGCAACUUUUUGCUAGUAUUUUUGAAUUUUACACUCCACUUUUAGAGUCGAAAAAUAUACAAACUACAAGAAUUGCUUUGGAGCAUAUGAUUUUAUUUUCUAGGAUUGAUGAUUCUAAAAUAUUUUUAGUACUUUUUGAAGUUUGGAAUAAAUUUGUUUUCGACUUAUACACCGAAUUUCCAUUUAAUAAUCGGGAACCAAGAAGGAAUUUAAGAAGAUUUGAAUAUAAAGGUGUUUUAGUGCAAUUGUUAAAUUGUUUAGUAGAAAAAAUGCCUAGGCCUGAAGAAGUAUUUAUUAUUGUUAAUGAAUACGGAGAAAUUAUUAAGAAUAAAUUAAUAGAAACAGAUCAGAUUGAUUUUUAUAAAAAAAUGAAAUCAUGCUUGUAUCAUUUGGCUUUUUUAAUCGAAGAUGAUUUAAAAAGAUAUUUUAUUACGAAAACGGGAGCACAAUUAGAAGUAGAAAAAUGGGAUUGGUCUAAAGUUAAUAAGUUAUGUUGGGCUAUAGGAUGUAUAUCAGGAGUAUUUACAGAAAAUUCAGAAAGAGACUUUUUUGUCUCUAUUUUGAAAUAUUUACUUGUACUGUGUGAUAUGAGACCUUCUAGAUUUGAUAAAGCGGUUGUGGCAUCUAAUAUUAUGUUUAUUAUAGGACAAUAUCACAGGUUUCUUUUGCAUAAUAAAAGUUUCUUAAAAACAGUCGUAAAAAAGUUAUUUGAAUUUAUGGACGAAUCACACGAAGGUGUGAAAGAUAUGGCUUGUGACAAUUUUUAUAAAAUUGCAGAAAGAUGUCCAAGAGAAGUUUUACUGCAAAGAGAAGAUAAUAUGAUUUUUCUUACUUACAUUCUACAGAAUCUUAAAAAUAUUACUAAAUCGUUAGAAUUUUAUCAAAAAAGAUUUAUUUACGAAGGUGUUCUAAAUAUUAUUAAGGAAAUUCCUAGAGAAGAAAGUAAUAAAGAAACAAUUCUUAAAAAUAUACAAAAAUUAUUAAGUUCUAUUUGUGAUACAAAUAUAUUUUCAGAUGAAUAUUUAGCUAACCUUGUAAAUGUUGUCUCCUCCGUUGAAACAGUCAAAAUGAUUUCGCAUGUUUUGAAGUCUCACUCUUUGAUUUACAAAUUUCUACCGUUUUCAUGUGAUUCAAGUUACGAAUCUUUGUUCCCUUUGUAUUUUAAAUUAUACGACUUAAGUAAUAAUAUGAUGUUAAUGAGUAAUGAUCCAGAUAUUGUAGCAAAUAGUAGAACUAUAAAUUCAAAUAUUAAUGAAUUAUUUAUUGAGAUUAUUAAUGCCAAAUUUACAAAAGAACAAUUUAUUACACAACUUUGUGAAAAAGUAAUAUAUGAUUUUAAUAAUAAUCCCAAGUUUAAAGAUCCUUUAAUUAUUUCUUUGGGAAAAAGUAUAAUUAAAAAUAUUAAUAAAGAGAAAAACAUACAAUAUGUACAGAUUGAAUUAUUUUUUAAUUCAGCUCUACUUAAACCUUCUAUUCCUUACGUAAUGAAGGCGGAUAAUAAUCCUGAAAUAUCUUUAAAUUAUUUAGAACUUAUUGAAGAAUUUCUUGAGUCGUCUUUUAAUACAUUUUUUUCCAAUUUAUAUGCCAGUGAUUUGUUUGUUCCUGUUUAUAAUUCAGUUUUAAAUUCGAUUACAUGUAUGAGAGAAAUAUCAGAUUUAGGUUUAAAAGUUUUAAUUUUAUUUUUUAAAAAGUGUUUUGAAACUAAUCAAUUACAAUUCUUCUCACAGAACUACAUUUUAACACUUGAGAAUUUAUUAGGUAUUAUUUUCGACAAAGAUACAAAGCAUAAUUUUAAAUUGCAAUCUUCUUUAUUAGCUUUAAUGAUUAAUAUAUCUAGCAAUAUAUCAAGCUUAAAUAAUUCUGAACCUAAUGUUAUGCUUCUUUCUAACCACAUGCUGUCAUUGUUUUCACAAAGUUUUUCGAACAUAACAGAGAAAUCUUUAAAGGUUUUUAUAGCUGGCCUGUUUGAGUUGUCAAAAAAUGAAGAAAUGUUUAGGGAACAUUUAGAAGAUUUUAGUGUAAAAAUUUAUGAAUUUGGAACUGAUGAAGAUUUAGAAGAAGAAAUUGCUUUGAAAAAUGAAAGAAUCUUAAAAAGUCAAGAAUUGAAAUAA